GCAAUGUGCAAGCAGCGCUCAGGGCGACGUGGCGGGCGGGAGUACGGAAGCCGCUGGGAGAAGCUGCUCUCGCCACUACUCUGAGCAUCAUCUCCCUGCUGCGUUGGAGCUUCCGCUGGCACCAUGUUAAAGAAAUUCGACAAGAAGGACGAGGAGUCGGGUGGAGGCUCCAACCCCCUCCAGCACCUGGAGAAGAGUGCGGUCCUCCAAGAGGCUCGGGUCUUCAACGAAACUCCUAUCAACCCUCGGAAAUGUGCCCACAUCCUCACCAAGAUCCUUUACCUCAUAAACCAGGGGGAGCACCUGGGGACCACGGAAGCAACCGAGGCUUUCUUUGCCAUGACCAAGCUCUUCCAGUCCAACGAUCCCACACUCCGUCGCAUGUGCUACUUGACCAUCAAGGAGAUGUCUUGCAUUGCAGAGGAUGUCAUCAUUGUUACCAGCAGCCUGACAAAAGACAUGACUGGAAAAGAGGAUAAUUACCGUGGUCCAGCUGUGCGGGCCCUCUGCCAGAUCACUGAUAGCCCCAUGCUGCAGGCUGUCGAGCGCUAUAUGAAGCAAGCGAUUGUGGACAAGGUACCCAGUGUCUCCAGCUCUGCCCUCGUGUCUUCCCUGCAUCUACUGAAAUGCAGCUUUGAUGUGGUCAAGCGCUGGGUGAACGAGGCCCAGGAAGCAGCGUCCAGUGAUAACAUCAUGGUACAGUACCAUGCCCUAGGACUUCUGUACCAUGUGCGGAAGAAUGACCGCCUGGCCGUGAGUAAGAUGAUCAGUAAGUUCACCCGGCACGGCCUCAAGUCCCCCUUUGCCUACUGCAUGAUGAUCCGAGUGGCCAGCAAGCAGCUGGAAGAAGAAGACGGCAGCCGUGACAGCCCGCUCUUUGACUUCAUUGAGAGCUGCCUGCGUAACAAGCAUGAGAUGGUGGUGUAUGAAGCUGCCUCAGCCAUUGUCAACCUGCCAGGCUGCAGUGCCAAAGAGCUGGCCCCUGCCGUGUCAGUGCUCCAGCUUUUCUGCAGCUCUCCCAAGGCUGCGCUUCGCUACGCUGCCGUGCGCACCCUCAAUAAGGUGGCCAUGAAGCACCCCUCGGCAGUGACCGCCUGCAAUCUGGAUCUGGAAAACCUGGUCACAGACUCGAACCGCAGCAUUGCCACAUUGGCCAUCACCACCCUCCUCAAGACAGGGAGUGAGAGCAGCAUCGACCGCCUUAUGAAGCAGAUCUCUUCCUUCAUGUCAGAGAUCUCAGAUGAAUUCAAGGUGGUGGUUGUCCAGGCCAUCAGCGCCCUGUGCCAGAAGUAUCCUCGCAAACACGCCGUGCUCAUGAACUUCCUGUUCACCAUGCUAAGGGAAGAGGGUGGCUUUGAGUACAAGCGUGCCAUCGUGGACUGCAUCAUCAGCAUCAUUGAGGAGAACGCGGAGAGCAAAGAGACGGGGCUGUCACACCUCUGCGAGUUCAUAGAAGACUGCGAGUUCACUGUGCUGGCCACCCGCAUCCUGCACUUGCUGGGCCAGGAGGGGCCCAAGACCACCAACCCCUCCAAGUACAUUCGCUUUAUCUAUAACCGUGUGGUCUUGGAGCACGAGGAGGUUCGGGCAGGUGCAGUGAGUGCGCUGGCCAAGUUUGGAGCCCAGAAUGAAGAGAUGUUACCGAGUAUCUUGGUGCUACUGAAGAGGUGUGUGAUGGAUGAUGACAACGAAGUGAGAGACAGAGCCACCUUCUACCUGAACGUCCUGGAGCAGAAGCAAAAGGCUCUCAAUGCAGGUUAUAUCCUAAAUGGUCUGACUGUGUCAAUCCCUGGCCUGGAAAGAGCCCUGCAACAGUAUACACUAGAACCAUCUGAAAAGCCGUUUGACCUCAAGUCUGUGCCUCUGGCCACUACCCCUAUGGCAGAGCAGAGAGCAGAAAGCACUGCCACCGCAGCUGUCAAACAGCCAGAGAAAGUGGCAGCCACUCGGCAGGAGAUUUUCCAGGAGCAGUUAGCAGCGGUGCCUGAGUUCCAGGGGCUAGGACCCCUCUUCAAGUCCUCACCUGAGCCAGUGGCCCUCACCGAGUCGGAGACUGAGUAUGUCAUCCGUUGCACCAAACACACCUUCUCUGACCACUUGGUGUUCCAGUUUGACUGCACAAACACCCUCAAUGACCAGACCCUGGAGAAUGUCACAGUGCAAAUGGAGCCUACCGAGGCAUACGAAGUGCUCGCCUAUGUGCCUGCCAGGAGCUUGCCCUACAACCAGCCUGGGACCUGCUACACACUGGUGGCUCUGCCCAAGGAAGACCCCACAGCUGUGGCAUGCACGUUCAGCUGUGUGAUGAAGUUCACUGUGAAGGACUGUGACCCCAACACGGGAGAGAUUGAUGAAGAAGGCUAUGAGGACGAGUAUGUGCUGGAGGAUCUAGAAGUUACUGUGUCUGAUCACAUUCAAAAAGUCAUGAAGGUGAACUUUGAAGCAGCCUGGGAUGAGGUCGGGGAUGAGUUUGAGAAAGAGGAAACAUUCACCCUGUCUACCAUCAAGACACUUGAAGAGGCUGUGGGCAAUAUUGUGAAGUUCUUGGGAAUGCAUCCUUGUGAGAGGUCAGACAAAGUGCCAGAAAACAAGAAUACUCACACGCUGCUGCUAGCUGGUGUGUUCCGGGGUGGUCAUGACAUCCUUGUGCGCUCCCGGCUCCUGCUUUUGGACACAGUGACAAUGCAGGUGACAGCCAGAAGCUCAGAGGAGCUGCCAGUAGAUAUCAUCUUGGCAUCUGUGGGCUAAAGGUCCAGCCUAAGCCCUCGCCUUCUCCAACGCUACAUCAGAGUCGCUUCUUCCCUGUGAAGCCGUGGAAACCCUUCCCCACACCUAUUCAGACCAAUCAGGAAUCAGUACAGAUUUUUUUAUUCCAUCCUAUCAUUCAGGAAUGCUGGAGGAGAUUUUGUCACCUGCAAGGAGACAUCACAAAUGAAUAAAAUGUUCAGAUCUUCUUGGAUAUUUAUCCCCAAGGAAACUGUCUCAUCCCUGUACUGUCAGCAUGCGCUUCUUGAAUAACUGCUUCUCAUGCAGGCGCUGGCUCAGGGCCCCACCUCUCCUGGAGGCCUUGCUCACCAAGUGGAG